AUGAGCGAUCCAGAAGAUUUGGAGGACGGUGAGAUCGAAGACGACGAGGAUGACGAGGUGCAGCCGGAAGAUCCACCGUUAAUUCCACCGACUCCGGAUGAUUACGUGGAGUACGUGCCGAAACCCGACGAUCAGCACGCAAAUAGUGAUGGCGAAGGUAAACCAGCCACGGCCAACAAUCGCGAAAAUACAAAUCACUCGAACAAAGGCCAACGAUCUUCCAAAAAGCCCGCACUCGUGGUGGAUGAUUUUGCGAUCAACAUUGAGAAUGCCAUUGCGAAUGCGCUCAAAAAGGAUGGCGUUCAACCGCCGAUGCCAAUGUCGGUGCAUCACGCGAAUGAUGCGGAAGGUGACGUACCUUCGGGAUCGUCCUCCAGCCGGAAGUCGAAGAAGCGCAAGAAACCUAACAGGAGUGGGGACGGGCAGCACAGCAGCAAGCACCAACGACUGAGCGGUGAACCGGAUGACGAUGGGGAGAUGGAUUUGGAGUAUGAAAUGAUGAAUGUGCGUGGCAGCAGCCCGCAGCAUCUGAUGGGCCGGGAUUCGGGUCGAUCCGAUUCGGAGGCGGACGAUACUCACUAUUCGUCCGAUGAUUCGGCAAUGCGUGACGGACACUAUCGGGGGAGUAGAAGGGAUCGCGAACAGCGCGAUCGGGAUCGGGAGCGGGAGCGCGACCGGGAGCGGGAACGGGAGCGGGACUAUAACCGCAAGAAGCGGAAACAAUCACGCCAGCGAAGCAAUAACAGCAAACCGAACCGGGAGGGCCGGAAACGGAAGCGGGAUGAUUCGGAUGACGAAAAGCAUAGACCGACUGGACCGCGCAAGAUGGAGCUAUGUAAAUUUUACCUAAUGGACUGCUGUGCGAAGCGGGAAAAGUGUCUGUACAUGCACAAAGACUUCCCCUGCAAGUACUACUACCUGGGCAUGAAGUGUAAGGAGAAGGACAAGUGUCUGUUCAGCCACGGUGAGCCACUGUCGGACGAUUUGCGAGCCAUACUGCUAAAGCAUCUCGAAACGGCACCCCAGGAGAUUCUUGGCACCUUUCAGCGCAUUAGUCGCGAUAGUGCAAUCAACAUGCUGAGCGCAACCCACCGCAAACUGCAAGAGCGGUACGGCAUUAAGCCCGACCCUUUGCCGAGCGGUGGCAAAAUCCCUUCACUGCUGGACGUGGUUACAGCGCACCCGCCCAACAGCAACAGCAUGGUCAGCCCCAAGCAUUCCCGCAAGUCUCGGUGGUGCGAGCAGCAGCGCCAGGACGAUGGUGGCCGAUCGAGCGACGGUGAACCGUCGUUCGAGGGUGGAGGUGAUAUGAACAUGCAGCUGGCCGGUGUCAUCACACCGGCCCAGAUAAGCGAUCUCGAGCAGAUGGGCAUUAGGACGCUGGACGAGAUCAGUCAGCUGACGGUGGCGCAACUGAACGAACUGGGGCUUAGCAUUACGCAAAUACAUGACCUGCAAGUGCGGGCGCUGAAUGCGCAAAGACAAACAGCUUCUGCAGUGGCGAGCCACGAACGAAGGCGCCCCCUAGGGGAAACGGCAAAAGAUCUCGACAUGCGUGCGCUACCGGUUGCGGAGGAAUCAAACGCACACGAUAGCAGCAGAAAAGACGUUGAUAUGCGAGUGCUUCCAUUAGGUGAACCGGGUAAAUUAAACAGCACCAACGAUGAGACGCUAUCGGCUGGGAGUGCCGUUCUUAAGCCACCCACGGUUGAUUAUUCGCAGUACAUCAAGGAUUCGAAUUUGGACGAGGAAGAUCUGGAUGCGGUAGCAGCCAACUCGAGUUCUUUACUGAACGUUCCCGAGGAGGAGGACGACGACGAUGACGACGAUGAGAAUCAUCUGAAGAUUAACAUCGAUGAGGAGGAGGAAGAGGACAAAAAAGAAUCCGACGAGAAUGAUCCGCCGGUGGGAGAGAAACAACACGGAGCGACGGGAGGUAUGGAGGAGGAGCGGGAAGAAAAGAUGCUUUUACCACCACUCAUACCGCCCAAAAUCGAUUAUGCCCAAGGUCUUGGAGAUAUACUGAAGUACAGCAGCAGUACGGUAGAUAAAACACUGCACCAGCAGAAUAGCAAUGAAUCGCCGCGAUCGCACCGAUCACCAUCACCAGCGACUAAGGAUGAACAGCCCGGAACGCUGCCGGGCCUUUCGGACGUAUGGACACCGUCCAUGGCAGACUCGCAGAACAGCAGUCAGGUCUACAGUGUACCGGCGCAACCAAAACCACCAUCGGCGAAAUCAAACGCUUCGAAGCAGCGAACCACCGGUUCGUCGAUUUACGACUGGUACGACUCGGAUAAUGCGUCAUCAGACGGUGGCCGAAGCUCGCCGAUGGCAACACCCUUCCGGUACGGUUCGGAUAAACUGCUUCCGUUAAACAUUGCGGAGGAUGAUCCAUACUCUACCGCCGGCAGCGGCACUAUUGGACGCGAAGCAUCGAGUGAGCUAGGGUUUCCAUUCAAGUCGAUGAUGGCCAACUACGUGCCGGCCACAGAAAUAGAUGGUUCGAUUGGGUCACAUGCACCGAUCCAUUAUAAGGUGUAUGUGGUAGAUGUACCGAAACCCAACUACGGUACACUUCGCCGUUCGAUGGCACGACCGGUCGGUACGAAAGAUCCCCGGCUACGGAGACUGUUCGGGUUGCAGAGUGACGACGAUGACGAUAGGGACGACACCAGCGACGGUAUUAAAUCUCCCGAUCCGAAUCCCAACACAUCACCCCUGCACAGUAGCCCCGCGUCUCUGCCGAUCACGAACAAACCCCCCGUUAUUAGCACCGGUCCACGGUUAGAUCCACGCAAGCGACACGCGGAAAAGCAACAGCAAGAAGCGGCAGCAGCCCAACAACAGUCAACCGGUGGUCCGUUUGGUACGAUGAAAGGUGGUGCGGCCGCCAACAACUCCAUACCGCAGAUCGAUGUGCAAGCAAUCCUGCAAAAGUCCGCUUGGUAUAAAGAUCUUGGCUCCCAGCACAAGAUCAUGGUCAACCAGCAGCUAGCGAUCCUGUCGACGGAGAUGAAGAAAUUCCACAACUCGGACCGGUCGACCGCACAGCUCAGCGACUUCAUGAAGUUUCUCAGCACGAACAACAUGCUGCAACAGAUUCUCACCUAUCUGAACGUGUACGUCGACGAUUCGGUUACGUUUUGUGAGGUGCAGGCCGUACCGAACCAUCUGCCACCACCUUCGCUUCCCAUGUCGACGAACAUUCCACCACCGUCGAUUGGUGGACCGAUGCCAACGAUGCAGCUACCGAUUCCGCUGCACGUACCGCCACCGAUCGGUGUACUGCCCGGGUCGAUGUCCAUACCGCCACCCCACCAACCCAACAUGCCACCCAUGUUUCUCGGCCCUAAAGGUGGUCCCUUCGGUGGACCGCAGGAACCGCAGUCUGGGCCACCACCGACGGGCAUGAUGCGACCGGGACUGUUGGGCGUUUCACCAAACAUGCCGUUCGAGCAGUUCCUGGCGAUGGGGAACGUGAACAAAAAUGACGGACCCGGCAACAAUGGACCGUUGCCACCGUGGGUCCAUGGUAACGGGAACAACAUGCGAAACAUGCGCAACAACAAUCGCAUCGGACACAACUUCCGCAACAACAACGAUCGAUGGAAUAACAAUGGGGGCGGCGGUGGUCCACCGAUGGUCGGUAACAAUGGAAACAACGCCGGAGGACAGGGUAAUAUGAAUAAUAUGAACCGUCGAAACAAUGGCAACAACAACAUCAACAACCGUCGAAUGGAUCGAAAAAAGUAG